AUGCCCAAUACUUCCCUGCGCCGGCCCCAGAAAGGCUUCCGCGGUGGUCGCGGGGGCAAGUUGGCCUACCAUGGCGGCAAGACACGAACCUUCACAGCCGCAGCCGGCAGGGCAGAAGCCACCUCGACAGACGAGAAAUGGGAGCGGACACGGCUCGCCAACUCCAUUGACGAGAACAUGGGCUUUGCCCGCUACGAGGCCGGCCGGCCACGGGAGGGCUGGCUGGUGAACGUGCAGCCAGCGUCGAUCGAAGACCCACGCAUACCUGGCGGCGGAGGCCGUGCAGCCCUGGACUGCUACUUCAUUGAGGAGGAUGGCGCGACUUUCAAGGCGACGAUAGAAUACGAGCCAUACUUCCUCGUGGCAGUACGGAAGGGCCACGAGGCAGAGGUCGAAGAGUGGUGCAAGCGAGUGCCCGGGGGCGGCGUCGUGAGGAGCGUCAGGCGGGUGGAAAAGGAGGACCUCAACAUGCCGAACCACCUUCUCGGAUACCGGAGGACGUUCCUGGAGCUGAAGUUCGCCAACGUGCAAGACCUCUUGUUGGCGCGGAGGGACAUCAUGCCAAUAGCGGAGAGGAACAAAAAGGGCAUGGAUGCCAUGGACACAUACGCCGAGGUUGCUGCGACGAACAACGGGAACUUUGACCUGUUUGACGACGAUACACGAAUUGAUGAGAAACGACUCAAUACCUCCAUAACCGAAGCCAGUGAUUUUCUUGUUGAUAUUAGAGAAUACGACGUGCCAUACCACGUCAGAGUAAUGAUAGACAAGGGCAUCCGAGUAGGGAAAUGGUACUUUGUAGAAGCAAAGCAUGGCGUCACGACGGUGGUGUGCAAUGAGGAACACCUGGCCAUGGCUGACCCAGUGGUGAUGGCCUACGAUAUCGAAACAUGCAAAGCACCCUUGAAAUUUCCCGACGCUGCCGUGGACCAGAUCAUGAUGAUUUCCUACAUGAUAGACGGCCAGGGGUUCCUCAUCACAAACCGGGAGGUAGUCUCAGAGGACAUUGCAGACUUCGAAUACACGCCCAAACCGGAGUACCCCGGCCCAUUUAUGAUUUUCAACGAGCCGAACGAAAGAGCCGUCAUCGAGAGGUUCUUUUCACACAUCAAAGAGGCGCGACCAACCGUGAUUGCGACUUACAACGGUGACUUCUUCGAUUGGCCCUAUGUCGACGCCCGGGCGAGUCUCAACGGAAUCGACAUGUACCACGAGAUUGGCUGGAAGAAGGACAAUGAGGACCAGUACAAGUCCAACUACUGCGCACAUUUGGACUGUUUUCACUGGGUCAAUCGAGAUAGUUAUCUGCCACAGGGAAGUCGUGGUUUGAAGGCCGUCACGGUGGCAAAGCUCGGAUACGACCCUGACGAGCUCGAUCCCGAACUCAUGACACCUUAUGCCGCUGAACGACCACAAACCCUCGCCGAGUACUCAGUCUCCGAUGCCGUCGCUACGUACUACCUGUACAUGAAAUACGUCCACCCCUUCGUCUUCUCACUGUGUACGAUCAUUCCUCUUGGUCCUGAUGACACAGAGCGAAAAGGCACGGGAACACUCUGUGAGAUGCUGUUGAUGGUGCAGGCAUACAAUCACGAGAUCGUGCUUCCAAAUAAACACGUGGCACCAAAAGAGUCCUUUUGGGAAGGCCAUCUCCUGGAUUCGGAAACAUACGUUGGUGGCCACGUUGAGAGUAUUGAGGCUGGGGUGUUCAGGGCAGACAUCCCAGUGAACUUCGCCGUGGACACGGGCGCUGUCGAUGAGCUCCUCAAAGACUUAGACAACGCUUUGAAGUUCGUGAUCACGAUCGAAGAGAAAAAGAAAUUGGAAGACGUCGAGAACUACGAGGAGGUCAAGGGGCAAAUAGCUGCCCGGCUGAUGGCGCUGAAGGAGACGCCAAACCGGAGCGAGCGACCACUGAUUUACCAUCUGGACGUCGCCUCGAUGUACCCCAACAUCAUGACCACGAAUCGACUGCAGCCAGACUCGAUGAUCGACGAGUCGGACUGCGCUGCUUGCGAUUUCAACAGACCUGGCAAGACGUGCGACAGAAGGUUACCGUGGGCUUGGAGAGGAGAGUACCUGCCAGCGAAACGAGACGAGUACAACAUGAUCAAACAUGCUUUGGAGAACGAGCGAUUUCCUGGAAAGUAUCCCAGCUCACCUAUGCGGUCAUUCCAGGACUUGCCUUCCGGCGAGCAGGCCGAUCUCAUCCGGAAGCGCCUGCAAACAUACUCCCAGAAGGUCUACCACAAGAUCCACGACUCUACCACCAAAGUCCGAGAGGCCAUCAUUUGCCAGCGCGAGAAUCCGUUCUACAUCAAUACUGUGCGUGACUUUCGAGAUCGUCGAUACGACUACAAAGGCAAGGCCAAGGAGUGGAAGGGAAAGACAGAGGCCCUCAAGUCUUCAGGGGCAACCGCCUCAGAUGUUGAUGCCGCAAAAAAGAUGAUCAUUCUCUUCGACUCUUUACAGUUGGCCCACAAGGUCAUUUUGAACUCCUUUUAUGGCUAUGUCAUGAGAAAAGGUUCAAGGUGGUACUCCUUGGAGAUGGCUGGCGUCACCUGUCUGACAGGCGCUACUAUCAUUCAACUGGCUCGAGGUCUUGUUGAGCGGCUGGGUCGUCCUCUCGAACUUGACACCGACGGUAUUUGGUGCAUGCUUCCUGCCACGUUCCCCGAGAACUUCGCCUUCAAGAUGAAGAACGGGAAGAAGCUACCGAUUUCCUACCCUUGCGUCAUGUUGAACCAUCUUGUCCACGACAAAUUCACGAACCACCAGUACCAGACUCUUGUAGACAAGAAGUCAUUGAAGUACGAGACGCACAGCGAUAACUCCAUCUUUUUCGAAGUAGAUGGUCCAUACAAGGCCAUGAUCUUGCCCACUUCGAAGGAGGAGGACAAGAAUUUGAAGAAGCGAUAUGCUGUAUUCAAUGAUGACGGCAGUCUCGCAGAACUGAAAGGCUUUGAGGUCAAGCGGAGAGGAGAGUUGAAGCUCAUCAAGAUCUUCCAGCAGCAAAUCUUCAAAUUCUUCCUCGAGGGAACCACACUUGCGGAAUGUUAUGCUGCGGUAUCAAAGGUUGCCAACCGUUGGCUGGACGUGCUCCAUAGCAAGGGGACGACGCUUGCUGAUGAGGAACUCAUGGAGCUCAUUUCUGAGAACCGUAGCAUGACCAAGACGCUGGAGGAGUAUGGUACUCAGAAGUCCACGUCGAUCACCACCGCCAAGCGUCUGGCCGACUUCCUGGGAGAAGGCAUGGUCAAGGACAAGGGCUUGAACUGCAAAUUCAUCAUCUGCUCGCGACCCAAGAAUGCGCCCGUCACUGAGCGAGCCAUUCCCGUUGCCAUCUUCUCUGCUGAAGCAGACGUCAAACGAACGUACUUGACGAAGUGGUUCAAAGAGCCGCCCAUCGACACGGACCCCAGGGCGUUGAUUGAUUGGGACUACUAUUUGGAACGUCUCGGCUCGGUCAUUCAAAAGCUCAUCACCAUUCCUGCCGCGCUGCAGAAAAUCCGAAAUCCAGUGCCGCGUGUUCCUCACCCAGACUGGCUACAGAAGAGGAUCAAUAUCAAAGACGACAAGAUGAAGCAAAAGAAGCUCACGGACCUCUUCAGCAGGGAACCGCUCAAGGACGUCACCAACCUCGCUGACCUAGAGGACUUCGGUACCCAGCUGCUGAAACCAAAGCCUGUCACCGAGAUGGUGGCAGCGACACAGCAAAAGACAACACCAGUCGCACAGAAGAGGAAAUCGCCUGAGCCUGAGGAGAACCUCGACCCAUUUUCUGCAUUGCCCAAGGUGAUGUCGAAUCCUUCUGAAGACUAUCCUGCUUUCUUGGAAUACCAGAAGAAGAAGUGGAAGAUCCAGAAGCAGGCCAGGAUACGUCGUCGACACUUGUUCGGUGAACGCCGUGCACCCACCAACAACAUCCAACAGGCGUUUCGAGACCAGGCUGAGGUCACCUUCCGCAACACAUGGCAAUUGCUACAGCUCAAGCCAACGGAUAGCCCAGGGUUGGUAACAGCGUGCGUCCUCAUCGAUAACAAGGUCCACUCCCUCAAGAUCAAGGUGCCGCGCCAAGUGUUCCUGAACCUGAAGAGUAAGGAUCUUCCGGACAUUGACAUUGAAGGCUGCGAAGUUGAGCAGGUCAAUCACACACUACCCAAUGGUCACCCCUCUACCCAUCUUUUCAAGUUGACGGUGCCAGAGGAUACCUAUUUUGCCCAAGCAGAGAAGUUCUCCCUGCUCUUCAACCACCCCAGUGUAGAGGGGGUGUACGAGAAGCAAAUCCCUCUGAGCACCCGUGCCGUCCUCCAGCUUGGCAAUCUCUGCACCAUUGACGAAAGCAAACCCGGUGUCCUUGGCCAGGGUCUGGAUCAAGGAUUCGAACUGCCAAGUUUGAUGCGGCCGCUGAAGCCUAGGACAUACCUGAGCGGCUCCAAGAUGGCGUUCAUCUACCUGUCCCACAUCAGCGCUGGCGAGCGACAGAUUUUCGGGCUGUUCUCUAGCACUGGGGACACGGCGCAUGUUGUGAUACAGCACAAAAACAAAGAAGGUGGCCAGGAUCUCCCCAAUAUCAACAAGAUCUACUCCGAUCUGCGUGCCCGACAUGCAAGCGAGGCGCAAGGGUCGAACUGGGAGGACUGUUUCCCAUACCAGGAGAAGCUCACCUUCAAGAUCACUCAGGUCACAACGAGGCGAAAGGCUUUCCUUGAGAUUGGUGACGUCGUCAAGAAAAUGAAGAAGGACGAGACCAAGCCACUGGUGAUGGUCGUUCAAUCAUCGCAGACCAAUCUCCUCGUUCACGACAUCUCAAUCCUGGGUGAGAUGCCCGUGCUUCCGCUCAAAUACAACGUCGAUGACAGCUCACUGCCGCCACUUGGAUGGCAGACUGUUGUUGCCAGGCGCUUGAUCCAUCACUAUCUUGGCCUGGGCCCGUGGAUAUUGCACCUCACUGCUCUGGCCAGGUACGCUGAUAUCCCUCUCUGCAACCUGGAGCGGGAAGACCCGCGCUUCUUGAUCGAUGUUGCCUAUGCGAGACGGCUUCAGAGCAACAACGUCGUGUUGUGGUGGUCUGCUGGCCCCCGUCCGGAUCACGCUGGCUAUGAGCUAGACGAUAUUACAGGGCCCCUGGAGACCGUGCAGAUGCCCUCGGUCAACACUCCAGGGACAUAUUCCUCGGUCUGCAUUGACCUGGAAGUGAGGAACCUCGCAAUCAACACCAUCCUAACUUCUUCUCUGAUCAAUGAGCUCGAGGGCGCCGACUCGAUAUCCUUCAACCCCGCGGCGGACGGUGUUGGCGGUGACGGAAACGAGGUGCUAUCCUCAGACAACGCCUUCGCCAAUGCCAGCAUCCAAGUGCUUCGUGAGAUGGUCAAGAGCUGGUGGGCUGAGGCGUGCAAGGGCAACGAGAUGGCAGACAUCAUGGUUCAGCAUCUCGUCCGCUGGGUCGAGAACCCCGACUCGUUCCUCUACGACCGUGCCCUCCAUUACUACGUCCAGAUGAUGUCGCGCAAAGCGUUUCAGCAGCUCAUGGGUGACUUCCGCCGCGUUGGAUCGCAGGUCAUCUUCGCCAAUGCCAAUCGGUUGCUUCUACAAACCACCAAGGCCGAGGUGGGCAACGCCUUCGCGUACAGCCAGUACAUCAUCAAGUCUAUCAAGGGCAAGCCGCUGUUCCACUUCAUCGACCUAGAAAUCAAGGAGUACUGGGACUAUCUUGUGUGGUACGAUGAGUUCAACUACGGCGGCAAGGCGACGCAAAAGGUUAUCGAGGCCGACUCGCAGAACCUGGAAACGAUCAUGCACUGGCAAAUGUCCACGUUCCUGCCUGUCCGCUUACAAGCUACCUUCGCCGACUGGGUCAUCGAGUUCAUCACACUUAUGCACAACAUGAAGCGGCCGCUCUUUGGCUCUGACCCCACUGCCACGCCACGCCUGACCCAACUCCCGAACAAUCGUAACUUGGCCGAGGACGGCGAGGGCCAAAUCAUCCUCGGAAAGGCCUUCGAGAAGCCCCUCAAGCGCGACAUCCAGGGCCUCCUGGCGACCCGGAAGCGCGAGCUACUCCACCCAGAGCUCGCAGCCGACUACACGUUCCCGAGCCUCCCCGGCAGCCACCUCAACUACAGCCAAAGCAACGCGGUGCUGGAGCUCGUCAAGAUGCUGAUGCAGGUGCUGUCCCUGGACAAGAACAUCGUGUUUGAGGCGCGGCUCCUGCGGAAGGAGCUCCUCGCGCUGUUCGACGUGCGCGAGUUCAGCAAGGAGGGCGGGUUCGUCAACCCGUCCGAGUCCCUCCGGAUCGCGCAGGUCAGCUGCGACAGCUGCACGAUGGCGCGGGACCUCGACUUCUGCCGCGACGAGGACCUCCUCCCCGAGGAGCCCGGCGCCGCGUCGCUGUGGAGGUGCAGCUUCUGCGAGGCCGAGUACAACCGCAACGAGCUGGAGGAGAGGCUCGUGGCGGACGUCGAGGCCAUGGUCGCGGCAUGGGCGGCGCAGGACCUCAAGUGUGUAAAGUGCGGCGCGCUCAGGGUUAAUGACUUUAUGGAGCACUGCACGUGCUCUGGUGGCUGGGGGGAGAGCUGUGGUGUUGUGCUCCUGGUCUUCAAGGCCAGCCUGGACUUUGCCUUGAUCUGGCCUGAUCUGAUCCGCUCUGCUUCCUUCCACAACCUCAACGUCGUCCUUGACCUCGACCGCAACUUCAACCUCGAACCUGACCUUGGCAUCACCACCACAAGUUCCCACCCACCCCGUGAGAAUGAUGAAGACCGCAAGGCGCGCGAUGAUGCGCGCGCCGUCGAGUACCAGGAGAGGGCGUUGAGGAAGUACAACGCCGAGCACCAGCACAAGCAGCAGAAGCAGCAGGACCAGCAGCUGGUCCCUACCCGCAGUCAGGGCUUCGGCGGUGCCCGUGGUUUCAAUACCGGCUCCCAGGGUCUCGACGGCGGUUUCCGGGGUGUGGAUGACCCUCGCAUGGAUGCUGGACGAGAGCCCUUCAAGCCCAUGAAUUCCAAGCUGGAUCCAGAGGCGGCCAACCGGCCUCUCACCGAGGAGGAAAAGCUAGCCCGGGACAUGAAGGGAAUCUCGCACAGAUACCAGGGAGACUCCAACAACCCGGCCAACGAGUCGGCCGACAUCCCCGAGAGCGAGAACUGCUCCGUGUGGAUCACCAACCUGCCGCCGGACUGCACGUACCGGGACCUCCUCGCGGCCAUCGCCGGCCCCAACUUCCUCCCCAGCCGCGGCCACUCGGCCGCCAAGGUCGUCUUCUACUACCCCUACUCGGCCCGGCACCUGCUCCACGUCGCCAACAGCAACCGCCUCUGGGUCCGCUACUACCUCGCCCGCGCCGUCCCGAACCGCAUCCGGGCCGCCCCGCAGGCCUACGAGAACCACACGUCGCGCUGCCUCGAGAUCGAGGGCCCCUCCGACGUCGUCAACGAGCCGAACCUGCGGCAGGUGUGGGGCGGGUUCUUCGACUGGAACGACGAGGAGGUGCGGGUCGUCCGCGACCAGGUGGACUGGCGCACCGGCGUCACGAUGCGCCGCAUCGUGUGGCGCUUCGGCUCGCACCGCGCCCAGGCCGUGGCGGCCAUGCACUACAUGCGGAGCUACCUCCCUCACAUCUGGGUCAUUUACGCCGCAGACCCUUGCGACGUCCAGGUGCAGCGUCCCUAG